AUGGCGAAUUCCAUGGUGCCAACGCUGCUACAUCGCCUGGUUCUCGUGUUGCUCCUCCUGCUGCUGCCUGUCCUUAAUUCCGGGCAAGCCGAGGGCUGCGCCACGCCUGCAGCAGCAGCACGCCGCGGCACUUCGCUGAGAUCCCAAGCUGGGGCACUUCUCCACUGGAAAUCAUCCGUCAAGUACUCGUCCAAGCACCAGCUGGGAACCUGGGGAGACGAUGGCAUGUACCCGUGCAACUGGACCGGCAUCACCUGCGGGGACACUCUGUCACGCAGAGGAACCAUGGGGAAGGUCAUCACAGGAAUUUCCCUUGAUGGCGCCGGCAUUGCAGGGCGACUGGACAAACUGAGAUUCCAGUCGCUCCCUUACCUUGUCAACCUCGAUCUCAGUGACAACUACCAUCUCUCCGGUGCCAUCCCUCCAGGCAUCGGCUCUCUUUCCAUGCUUUCCACCCUCAACUUCUCUGGUGAUCAGCUCAGCGGGCACAUACCUGCAUCAUUCUGCAACCUUGGACAGCUCACAGGGAUGGACCUCUCCAGCAACAAUCUCACCGGACAAAUCCCUCCUGCUUUAGGUAAUCUCUCAAGACUUGGUUUUCUUUAUCUACGUGGGAAUAGGCUCUCAGGUAACAUCCCCUGGCACCUCGGACAGCUUCAGAACAUGAGAGAGAUGGAUUUGAGCCUUAAUGACAUUUCUGGCCAUGUACCUUCCGCCCUUGCAAACCUGACCAACCUCAACUAUCUGGACCUUUCUGAUAAUCGUCUGUCAGGACCCAUACCUAAAGAGCUAGGACACAUCCAAACCCUGCAAGUACUACACUUGGAGAAAAACAAUCUGAGCGGCACAAUUCCGCCCUCCCUUGGUAACCUGACAGUGCUCACAUACCUGACGGCAUAUAGGAACCAAUACACUGGUACAAUACCGGCAGAGUUUGGGAUGCUCUCGAGCUUGAUUAGCUUGGACUUGUCAGAUAACCAUUUGACCGGCCCUGUUCCUUAUAGUGUUGCUGGAAAUCUUACUUCAGUGACCUAUUUUUCUCUUUUUGGUAACCACAUAACCGGAUCCAUCCCUCAUGAGUUUGGGAAUCUCGUGAAUCUGGAAACCCUUGCCCUCUCGGACAAUUUGAUAGUUGGAUCAGUGCCAUCAAGUAUUGGGAACAUGUCUUCACUCAAACAAUUAAUAAUACAUAACAAUAGUAUCUCCGGGGAAUUGCCGACCGAGUUAGGAAAUUUGGUAAAUUUGGAGUAUCUUAUGUCCUAUGAAAACCAAUUGUCUGGCUCAAUCCCUCCAAGUUAUGGAAAAUUGGUCAAGAUGACACAAAUGCGACUGUUCAACAACCAGCUCUCCGGCCCUGUGCCUCCGGCAUUGUCCAACCUUACCAAUUUAGUCGUCAUUGCACUGGAUGACAACCAGCUGAUUGGACACUUGCCAGAUUUGUGCCAAAGUAAAAAGCUACAGGUUUUACAAGUUCAUAACAACAAUCUAGAUGGUCCUGUCCCAAAAGGCUUGAGGGAUUGCAGUUCACUAACAUCGCUCAUGAUUGCCAAUAAUCAUAUUGAGGGAGACAUAACUGAAGCAUUUGGUGUGUAUCCACACCUCGAUACGAUCAAUUUAUCUUCAAAUAGGUUUGUUGGGCAGCUCUCGCCGAAUUGGGGCUCAUCUCAAAACUUGACAAGUAUUAAUUUUGCACACAACAUGAUACAAGGCAGUAUACCUUCUGUGGUUGGGGUGCUAAAAAAUCUUGGAAAGCUUAAACUGAGUUUCAAUAGGUUGACCAGUGAGAUACCACCGGAAAUUGGCAAGUUAAGCAACCUCUAUUGGAUGGAUUUAAGAAACAAUCAACUAUCUGGCCAGAUCCCUAAGCAAAUCGGCCAACUUAGCAAUCUUGAGAUUCUUGAUUUCUCAAGCAACCUGUUGAGCGGUAAAGUGCCAGAAGAGAUGGGAAAUUGUUUGAAACUGCAGUCAUUACACAUGAAUAACAACAGCCUUAGUGGAAUUCUUCCUGGUAGUUUGGGCCAUUUAGCUUCCCUGCAAAGAAUGCUUGAUCUUAGCAUGAAUAGUAUCAGUGGACCAAUACCGUCAGAACUCAGCAACCUAGAGAUGCUGAUGUAUGUAAACUUCUCACACAAUCAAUUCAGUGGUGCUCCCUGCCUCCAUUGCAAGCAUGCAAAGCCUAUCAAUAUUUGA